AUGAUGGCGCCCAACGGACACACCGCACAAGGUUCUGCCUUUCAAGAUGAUCGAUUUGCCGAGCCAGCCUCAUCCAUUCUGGCCGCUCAUUUUGCUCCCCGACUGGCAACACAAGGCCAGGAGCCGCAGCGACUAUCCCGGGAGGCAUUUUCGCAGCUGCGACAAGAGCUUUUGGGCGAGAAAUCAACACAAAUCCGUCUCGACGAUGGAGUCACUGAUGUCAACAAGCUCAUAUGUAUCAUUCUGAAAGCGGGACUGGAAGUGAGCCAGUCGAACGGUGGCACCGAAGAUGAUUUGGAAGGUCAAAUUCUCGAUUGCCUGGAGAUAAUCCACGUGGGCAUCGACAGAGCACCUCAAGCUCUCUGGGGGGUCUCAGACCCAACCAUCUUGGGUGAGGAGAUUCAAGCGCCUCUGUUUUCGUGGUUGAUUCUCCAGUUGAUCAAGCUGGCUUGUGCCUGGCACGCCGAGGCAGUUCAAGAGAAAGUGCAUUCGAUCUUCGUCAGCUUAGCUUGUGUGCAGUACAAAAACAUUCGCACCUCGCUAUCGUGCUAUAGUAUCUCGGCAUUUCUCCGAGCUUGCGCAUUGGACACCUUGUCCUCAUUGGAAAGUAGCCUAGACACGAACAUUCAAGGUUUUCGUCCUGCCAAGUUAUCUUUGCCAUCCAGAACUGGAACCUUGCUCGUGGAUAUGGACAAUCUGGGCCUUCCGCGUAGUCUUUUGAAUCGAAGCUUGGUCAUAGGGACAUUCUCUCAGGCAGCCACUCUGGUUAUGACCUUGCUAAAUUGCUUGAGUCCUAAGGCUUCGACCCGAGAGCUCACUCGGCAGCAGUCGUUCCUCCUCAGACAAAAUCUGCCAUGGGCAUUGAAUGGAUACCAUCGCCUUCGAAGAGUGCUCUUGCGAGGGUUUGAAAUUCUAGAUUCCAAAGCCGCAUUGGAAGGCCAACCAUUGAUCACCCGAUGUCUCUGGUACACGUAUCAACUAUGCGCCCCGGAAUUGUCUACGGCAGCCAUGUCUCCCGGCUUGGAUUUAGUCAGUGCUUGGGCACAGUGCCUUGCAGAGUUUCUUCCUGCCAGUCUGAGCCCUCAUCUGGUCGCAAUUCAAUUUGACCUCAGCCAAUUUGUGGACGAGCUGACCCAGGUUGUCAUGCAAUCAAAAUCUAAGAUGCUCCAAUUGAGUGACCUUCUUCUGCCCGUUCUGGACGACAUGAAGGCCAAAAUUCAGGACCAACAGGCCUUGGAUCAGUGUCUCAUGACCUCUGUGCAAAAUUUGCGCACACGUCUACUUGAUAAUGUAGCGCUCAUGCUCAAGUCUUCCGGCGAUCUGGAAUCCAGUAUAGAUGCCGAUUUAGCUGAAUCAUAUCAGAAGACUCGAGCCUUAGAGCUGGUUCACGGUCAAGAGGGCAGCGAGGCACGAGCAUCCAAACGGCUAUGUCUUUCUGAGGAAGGUUCGGAUGAGAGUCUUGUCCAAACCCUCCUGAAAAGACUCUCAACAAUUCUUGGCUGUAGCUCAAUAGCCACCUUGACAGAGCUUCAAGGAGUUGUGCAAAAUUUGUUCGAAGGAAUUACAGAGACCCAAAAGACGGAGUUUUUGAAAGGUCUCGGCAAGCUCUCGUGUGCUGUUGCGGGCAUGUUGGUGCAAAAUCCAACAAGUUUCAUGGACAAAGAAACCUUCCAAUGUCAUCGGUGUGACGGCGAUAAGUCUGGCGAUAGUCAUGUCCUAGAGAAAGAAAUCGCUAGUUACGAAGACAUAUGGACCAUCCUCAAUUUCAUCCUUCCUCGGCUUUCUCGCGCUCCGGGUCCUCGAAUUGCGGCGAUGAUUACGCUGAGGCGUAUUCUCAUUCACUCUCCAAACCUCAAACAUUUACAUCUUUCCUCCUCAUCAGCGGGGGAAUUUUGUCUGCAUUCGCUGCGUAGCUCAAUUCGUGAGCUUCGAGUGGCAACUACACACUCAAUGGUCGCCUUCGUGCAACCGGCUUUGCCCGCCGAUCUCCGAAGAGCAAAUUUUGUAAUUGCGCUGGAAUGGCUGCGGAAUUUGUCAGAGAAAAACGAUGUGCCCCUCCAGGAGGCGUGUAUCUUGACCCUUUGCCGUCUUGCAAGUAUUUCGGACGAUGACGAGAAACAUAUCAUAUUGUUGCGUCUAUUGGAAUACCUUGGUCAUGCAAAUCCAUACAUCUGUGCUGUGGCCUUCAACGAACUGUCUAAACUUGCGCAAUGGUUUUCUCUCACGCCUGCUGGUUUGUUCCGGCCUUAUUGGCGAACGCUCUCGGUGGCAGUUGUCAAAAACCUCCAGACCCGUCCACAUAUGGCUGAGCAACUGUGCGAAUUACUGGGCAUGAAGGUCGACGGUUUCCUCCGACUGACUGAGGUCCAUGUGCUCCCCUACCUGGUACUGACAAGGAAAAGAGACAUUAUUUGUAGGAUUGGAGCAAGUCGCAACGAGGGUGAAUCGCCUUUCGAUGUGUGUUCCGAGAAGAACAAUCUCGCGGCAAUUCUGGCUUUUCUCCUGGCCCAGCAAUCAGAUGAUCCAGAAGCCAUGAUUAUGUCCCUCCUUUCUGAUAUCGAUCCAGCAUUCAAAGGCCGAUCUUUAGCUGAAUUGGUCCGAAUUGAGCCUAUCCUUAUUGCGUGCGAUUUGCUGAAGAGCCUCGGAGAUGCUGGAGAGCACAAUAAGGAAAGGUUCUUGCAAGCACUUCAUCGCCUCGCCACAUUCGUCCCGAGGAAGUUUGUGCACGCGACCUCUUCUAAAAAGGCGGAUCUUCUCAGUCAUUUCAUCGAGGAGCAUGUUCUAGGCAUUAUCACUCAGUUUGCCAAUGCUAUCAAUGAUUUCCAGGUCCGGCAGACACUUGCAGAAAAACGCCGCAACUUGAAAGCUAUCGAGGAAAUGAUCAAUAUUGCUCAAGGUCACGUAAACAAUGCGUUACCCCAAGUCUGCGCCUGCCUGCGAUCUGCGCUCGAGAUUGGGGAGCUGUGUGAUCAUGCAUUUUCAGCCUGGCAAACACUCAUCCGAUCCUUGAGCGAAGAAGACAUUGAGCCUCUUAUUGAUCAAACAUGGGCGAUCGUCAUCAGAUACUGGGACAAUCUGACCACUAACAGCAGAAAACAAGCUUCUCAGCUGAUUGACCAUAUCUUGACAAAUCAGCCAAAUCUUGUGCGCGAUACUUUCAACACCAUGCCGUCCCUUGCUUCUAUCCCCGAGUUGGCAGAGUUUGAAACCAAAAUCAGCGUGCUGCGCGCCGAGCUGGAUGUUCGUAGCAAGUUUCUUGCGCUCAUCCGCCGCUGCCAAAGCGAGAACUCGACGGUCAUUGAGCAGGCUCUGAAGGAAUUAUUGCCGUUUCUGUCAGAGAAUGAAGAGUUUUUGCACGUCUCUGUCCUCAGUGAACAGCCGGACCCUGUCAUCGCUCAGCUGACCCGAGCUUUGCUAGAUUGCUGUGUGAAGUUCAGUGUCACAUCUGACUCUAUUACAUUGCUCUCGUCUCAGUGUCUGGGUCUUAUCGGGUGCCUGGAUCCGAACCGGGUAGAGACAAUCAAAGAAAAGAAGGACAUUCUGGUCUUAUCUAACUUUGACAGAAUGGAGGAGACAGUCGAAUUUAUCCUGUUCUUCCUGCAAAAUGUCCUUGUCGAGGCGUUCCUUUCGGCAUCCAACACGCGUGCUCAGGGCUUUCUAGCGUACGCCAUGCAAGGGCUCUUAAAGAUUUGCAAUCUGAAUGCAGCGGUCACUCAACGAUCUCGCGAUCUUCAGGGUGACGAAAAGUACAGCAGAUGGAUGGAGCUUCCUGAAAGCGUACGAAACACGUUGACACCCUUCUUGACGUCGACUUACACAGUCACUGUGGUCGCCACAAAUUCCAAAGUGACAUACCCGUUGUUGUCUCAAAAAAUGACGCAUAGCGAAUGGCUUCGGACCUUGGUGCAGGAUCUGCUGCAGGCCGGCAGCGGUGAUAAUGCAAAGCUCAUCUUUGCGGUUUGCAGUCGGGUCGUGAAGGGACAAGACAUAUCCAUCUCUUCCUUUCUUUUCCCUUUUGCUGCUUUGAAUCGCAUUGUCGGGGGCACAGAACAGGAGCAGCAGGAUCUCCAGCUUGAAUUGGUCUACAUUUUGUCGCAUCCUCUUCCAGACGUGAACAAUAGUUUCCGCGAGACCAUUAUCAGUUGUAGCCAGAGCGUCUUCGAGGUUUUGGACUACUUGACCAGGUGGCUCCAGGGGAAGAAAAAACAACUCAAUGCUCUCAAUAUCCAGUCCCAUUCGUCGAAUCGAUCCCACAAGGACUCCGGGCGGGAUUCACUGCUCGAUAAGUACGCCUCCCAAAUCAAGUCGGUGGAAUGGCUGCUGGCCUCCAUUCCACCAGAGAUUAUCUCGACAAGAGCCGUUGAAUGCAGGUCUUUCUCUCGAGCUCUCUUUCAUUGGGAACAAUACAUCCGCCGGUCUAGUUCACAAGCUGGGUCCCAAGGUGCAGCCACCACCUCCUCUGAGCAGCUGUACGAAAGGCUGCAGGACAUCUACAGUCAAAUCGAUGAGCCUGAUGGAAUUGAAGGCAUAUCCAGCCACCUUUCAGCCCUAAGUAUUGAUCAGCAAAUCCUUGAACAUCGAAAAGCAGGCAGAUGGGCCACAGCGCAAAGCUGGUAUGAACUGGAGCUUGAGAAGGAACCCAAUAAUAUUGACGCGCAAUGGAACCUUGUGACCUGCCUCAAGGAGUCCGGCCAACAAGAUGCAAUUGUCACGCGCUUUGAGGUUCUUAAGCAGUCCGAGCCCGCCGCGUCUCGACUUUUGCCAUUCGCAGUCGAGGCGUCAUGGAUCACUAGCAGAUGGGACAAACUGGAGAGCUAUCUAGAAAUUUCUGCCGGGGACGGAAAUGGUGAAUUCAACGUAGGCAUCGGGUCCGCGCUAAGUGCCCUACGUCAAAAGGGGCCCUCUGCUUUCAUUGAUACUAUCAAUGAACUGAGACUGAGCGUGGCGAAGUCUUUGACAGCUAACUCAGCAGCUUCUUUACAAUCUUGUCAUGAGGAUAUGCUUCGACUUCAUGCCCUUGCCGAUGUCGAAGCAAUAGUCCGCGCAGGACCUGAUGACGCUCAACCCUCUAAGGACUCCUUGCUCCGCACUUUAAACCGCCGUCUUAACGUACUGGGAGGUUAUCUUGCUGACAAACAGUAUCUUUUGGGCCUGAGACGAGCUGCGAUGGAACUCGCGGGCGGAUUCGGAAGCUCGGACAUAUCAGCUGCCUGGCUCACUAGCGCCCACCUGUCAAGAAAAGGCAAUUUCACUGGCCAGGCGUACCAUUCGAUGCUACAUGCUGCACGCUUGAAGGAUAGAUCAGCCACUAUUGAGCAUGCGCGGCUCCUAUGGAAAGAUGGACAUCAUCGCAAGGCGAUCCAAACUUUGGAAGGCGCGAUAGCGUCAAACGAGACAAAUGCGACAACCCCCUCCGUCGAUUCUCAAGCAGCUUCAUUUCUGUCGGGGCGUGGCAAGAAUCAGAAUGAAACAGCGGCCGUGGCACACCUCAUGCUAGCAAAAUGGACAGAUCGAGCUGGACAGACACACACGCAGGCUAUUGUUCAGCGUUAUCGUGCGGCUAUCAAAUUGUACCCGAAGUGGGAGAAAGCGCAUUACUAUUUGGGGAAGCACUAUAACAAGAUUCUUGAACUAGAAAAGGUCAAGCCCAUGGGCAAGGAAGCGCAGAUAUAUUUGAGUGGAGAAGCCACGAAGCUUGUGAUCGAAAACUAUCUUCGCUCGCUCACAUACGGCUGCAAAUACGUCUUCCAAACGCUGCCCAAAAUUUUGACUCUUUGGCUAGAACACGCUGCUGUUGUAGGCCAGCCGAUUGACCCUAAGAGAGGCAGUAAUGAGGAAUUCCAGCAGCACACUCACGCUCAGCGACUCAAGAGCUUAGAUGAGAUACACAACCAGUUGCGAAAAUACAUUUCCGCUCGCCUUCAAGCUUUUCUGCUUUUCACAAUUCUACCUCAGGUGGUAGCCCGUAUCAGCCACCGUAACUCUACGGUGUAUGAUCUUCUCACACGAAUGGUUACCAAGGCCGUUCAGAGCUUCCCUCAGCAAGGGUUGUGGACGGUCCUCGCCGUCGUGAAAUCAUCUAACAAAGAUCGAGCGCUGAAGGGUCAAGCGUGUCUCACCAAAAUUCAAGAGUACAACAGCAAAGUCAAGAAGGACAACAGUCCUGACAUUCGUCGCAUGAUCCAGCAAGGUCAAAGAUUCUCUGACGAGCUUCUUCAACUCUGCCUCGCCCGCGUGGAGGAACGGGCGUCCAAGGUCAAUCUUGCGCGCAACCUCGGAUUCAAUCAUAAAGUGGCCCCCUGUCGACUGGUCGUGCCUUUCCAGGCCAUGUUGAUUCCAAGUCUACCCGUUAGCCACGAAUCCGAACAUCUAAAAGGGUUCCGACCGUUUCCCCGAGAUCCAACAACAAUUGAGGCCGUUCUCGAUGAGGCGCAAGUCCUCAACUCCCUUCAGAAGCCACGAAAGAUUAGCAUCCGAGGAUCUGACGGUAAAAUUUACAAUGCGCUUUGCAAGCCCAAAGACGAUCUUCGCAAGGAUCAGCGUCUCAUGGAAUUCAAUAACAUGAUUAAUCGCUUCUUGAAGCGAGAUGUGGAGGCAAGCAAGCGGCGGUUGUACAUCAAGACCUAUGCUGUCACUCCGUUGAACGAAGAAUGCGGUAUCAUUGAAUGGGUCGACAAUCUUCGUACGCUGAGAGACAUUGUAGUGAAGCUUCUCCGUGAGCGAAGAGUGCAAGCCAACUACACCGAAAUCAGACAUUAUCUCGACGAAAUUUGUGCAGACAAGACAUUCUCAAAAGUGUCUCUUUUCGAUACAAUGAUUCUAUCCAAACUCCCACCAGUUCUUCACGAAUGGUUUGUUGAAAUGUUCCCCGAAACAGAAUCGUGGUUCACAGCCCGACUGCGCUACACGCGGUCUACAGCGGUGAUGUCAAUGGUCGGAUACGUUCUGGGACUCGGCGACCGUCAUGGUGAGAACCUGUUAUUUGAAGAAGGCACGGGCGGUAUCCUUCAUGUCGACUUCAACUGCCUUUUCGAUAAGGGCCUUACGUUCGAAAAGCCCGAGGUGGUUCCCUUUCGCCUGACGCACAACAUGAUAGAUGCUUUUGGUGCUUAUGGGUAUAAUGGACCUUUCCGGAGAACCUGCGAGAUAUCUCUCGGCCUUUUACGACAGAACGAAGAUUCCCUCAUGACUAUCUUGGAGACUUUCUUACAUGACCCGACAACAGAUUUCAUUGGGAAAAGACGCCGCACUCACGUCAAUGUUCCUGAUACGCCUGCAGGUGUCUUGGAGGGUGUUCGCGAUAAAGUUCGAGGCUUCAUGUCCAAGCAGCCAAUCCCGCUGUCCGUGGACGGACAGGUCGACGAACUCAUUGUGCAGGCAACGGAUAAGAAGAAUCUUGCAGCGAUGUAUGUUGGGUGGUGUUCGUUUUUCUAA